UGAGAUUGUUUACCAUGGGCAGCCAGCAGCGGCCGCCGCGAAUAUAGCAGAUUAAUUUUUUUGCCAGGUUUGCUGUGUAAAAAUGUAAUGGGGUGACAUGGAGGAUCGGCUCAACCAAAUGAAUGCGGUGCUUCAGGCCAUGCAGAAAACUCUGCAGUGCAAUAUAUGUCUGGAUCUGCUCAACACUCCUCUAACUACAAAAUGUGGCCACUCAUUUUGUGCGGAAUGUAUCCAACAAGUGGUGAAGGGGCCCCGCAGCUCCGCUCAGUGCCCUUUGUGUAUGGCCCAUAUUACACGCCGUUCUCUAGGGCAGAAUAACAAAAUAGCCAGUCUUGUAACUGCCGUUCGAAAGAUUAUCGAGAGUAUUAAGAAAGAUUGCGCCUUUGAAGUUACUCCAUCAAAAUACCGGCCAAGACCUCGUCCAGUAAUUAGCGCAGAGGACGACGACUCUGAAAAUGAAGAAAAUGAUGAACCCAGACGAGGGACACGUAAAAGAGGCAUAACUGAUCAUUAUAACGCCGAAGUCCCUAUACCUAAACCUAGAGCAAGAUCAGUGAAACAGAGAAUAUUAACUUCCAAUGGAGGCCAAGAACUGAGUCUUCACACAGAUGGAAAGCCAGAGACGCACGAACCAAAUGUUGGGAUCAGUGACCGCAAAGAACGUGUUAGUGUAGAUGUUAUAUCUCAAGAACAUUCGUAUUCGUCUCCUACUAAACAAGAACCUCUCGAGAGAAAGAGUCUGAUUCCCUCGUUCACCCGAGGAAGGGGUGCGCGUAGUUCUGGUAGCGGACUCCUGUUUAGAGGAAAAGCAAAACUGGCUGCUAGUGUGGUUAAAGACAGCCAAGAACCCAUUCAGGGAAAACUUGCCAAAGACAACAAAAAGCCUGUUGCUACAUAUUUGAGAAAGAAAGAUGUAAAUGCUAGUUCUGGUAUUGAGCUUUUGUCAGUGAGUCAGCAAGUUAAUAAUGCAACAUUUCCUCCAGAGAAAGCUAUAAACAAGGAUGAUAAAUCCUCUGUUCAUCUUAGUGAAAAAUUGGGUAAGGAAAAACCAGCUGAUAAAGUUGCAAAAUGGCUUCAUAACAGCAGUGAGGUUGGUUUUCAAAUUGGAGCCUCACUCUCUACAGAUACAACAUCCAACACAGAGUCUGAAUCUUCUCAGGUUUUUAACCCAUCCAAAAAUAUUUUGCUUCCGAAUCCUAAGUCUUCUGCACAGAUGUCGGAAGCAAACAAUUCUGGUAUUAAGACGGGCAUUAAAAAAUAUCUUUUUUCAAGUAAAACAUCUUCGUCUUCCACCAAAAAGAGUGAAGAGAGUAGUGUAGCAUCAUCUUUCACUGAAUCUAAAAGGUUUUUCAAGACAAAGGGCAGUACAGGAAGCCCAGAAACUGAUCUUAAUGACCCUCAAAAUGAUGUAGAAACCCAGGUAUUUGACCCAGUUGAUUAUGUGUGUGGAACUCCAAGUGAUCCCUACAAUUUCAUUCCCAGCCAGAAAACACCAAAAGACAAAAAGAUAGUUGCAAAACAAGGUCAAGGAGCUAAAUCCAGAGCUCGAGGGACUCUGAAUUUGGGUCGGGGACGAGUACGAGGACGUCUAAGAGGCCGAGGGAGAGGUCGAGGUAUUCCAGACAUGCGAGGACUAUUGGGAAAAAUUGAUGACACCAUUGUUAAUGCAAGUACAAGUUUUAAUUCAACUAUUCAGAAGCACAGUACACCUGUUUCUAGAGGAGCAAAACUUAACCGAAAUGUCAACCUUAGUAUUAUCAAGCCACCUGAUACAAGCACGGAUAUAACACAUGAAAAACAAAUUGAGUCGGUUAUUGUAUGUACUCAUGAUGAGGAGGAUGAUGAUAUACCAGAUAGUUGUCCUGUUAACACAAAGAAUGAGUUUGAUGUCCUUGUUUCAGAAGUGAAGGAGAGUAGUAGGCAGUGUAAUGCAGGUUAUGCCUCCCAGCCUCCAGUUAACCCUUGUGUAGAAGAGGAUAAGGAAGCUAACCUUAUCUUCAUAACUCCUGCUCAAGGGGAUGAAAUGCCUUUGACUGAUUCUGCCAGCAAAGUUCAAGUCAAGAGGAAUGUGAAAAAGAGAGCUAGUGAUGAAAGUGAUAAUGAAAGUGGAACAAACAAAAAAACAAACAAAAAGCAAACUGUUCAUGAUAGUAGUAGAGUUUGCAAUAGUAGCAGUAAAUUACAAUCUGUUAAAGACAUGAAGUCCAAGGCAGAGAAAGCUAAAGAGGAAGUCGAAACUCUUUGUUCCAUGUUUGAAGAUAUUGAAGACCACAAUUUACAUACUGUGUCCAUUGAAGAUGAAGAAGAAGAAAAGAAGAAUAGCGAAAGAGCAAAAGAAAAUCUAAUGAGGGAAAAUAUUUUACUAGUGAAUGAAACUUUUGAAAAUACUCAGCAUAACAAAACAGUUUCACCUCUGGUUCCAAAAGAUGAGAGAACUAUGCCUCCUCCAAAAGCCCCAGUAAGAAGCAGAAAGGUAAGGUUCAAUUCUAGUGCUCCUGUUAAAAGUGGUGAAGUUCAUGGUUCUGAAGAGUCGGCACCAUCAACAUCUACCAGAUCAUCAGGAAAGAUCCCUUCAAGAACUUCUCAUAAUGUAAGAUAUGCCUCGGAAAUGAAAUCAAAAUUAAUCGAUACGUCUAAAACUGUUGCCGUCUCGGUUAGUGUGAAAUAUGCCAAAUCUCCAGGAUGGUCACAUGUCGAAGGUGCUCGCAGAGAUCUGAAAGUUCGGCAGGCAAGCCUCAACAUAACAGGAGGUGAACAGCGCAGUAUGAAUGACUCUAGGACUGAGGGGGGAACCUGUGGGCACUCCACCAGCGCUCUCAUGUCUUCAGGUGAGACUAAUAUGACUAUUGAUGAAGAAACUCAGGACUUUGAUGUAGAGCAUCUAGCAUCAUCUCAGACUAAAAAAGACAGGGUGAAGAAGUUGAAGGAGAUUGUCUCUCAGUUACGAGAAGAAGAAGAGAAACAACAUGAGCAUAAACAAAAUGUGAUCAAGAUGAGAAGAUGUGAAAAGUCUAAAAUGUUGUCUUCUGAAAGAAAGGUUAAAAAUGUUAAAACCCCAAAUUUAUUGCAAAAGUUGAAGACAAAUAUGAACACAAAAUGCAGAGGAAAGGGUGAGACAAAACUCGUCAAAUCUUUGCCAUUUUCUUCAGAAACAGAGUCAUUUUGCAUAGAUGAUCAAGUUGACAACUGUGUGCCUGAGAAGGGUGUUAUCUUGAAAUCUUCAGUGAAGUCUUUGUCAAGAUCAUUGUCAGUAAUGAGUAGGAAAAGAAACCCCAGAUCUAUUUCAGCUAGUCAUGAGACUGAACAUCAUAAACAAUCUGAUGAAAAUGAUAAUUCCCAAAGUUUGGCAAAAAAGAAAAGAAGAACAUUUUCUCUGACAGCUACCACGCAAGAUCUUGAUGUUUUGCAUGAUAAUUGUGAAAUGAUAAAUGAAUCAUCAAACUGUGUACAUCCUGACAUUGGCAAAGUUCCCACAGGAGAUGCUAAAGAAAAAGUUGAAAUGGGAAUGACUACUUUGGAUCCAUCACGGGAAACUCCGUUAUUAGCGUCCAGUUCGACGGUCGUGAGCAAAUGUCGCCCACCCCAUCACAACAUGAGCCCAAGUUCCACAUCAGCUUCACCAUCUAAGAUACCUUUUUUAUCUAGCAGUGACACCAUUGAAGGAAAUGCUUCUAGUCAAAUAUCUCAAACCUCCCCACGGUCACCAUCAAAGAUUACCAGCACACAGUGUCAAGGUAGUGCCACAGGAUCUAAAGUGGUGCCAUUUAAAUCUAUGGGGUCACUUUGCUCAGAAAGAUGUGGCACUGCAGCUGAUGAUGCCAAUCUUAUUGCAUCUUUUGGUGGUUUUGGACGUGACUUUUGUCUUCAUGCCGUUCCUUGUGAAGUGUAUCAAGUCCUCAUGAAGUAUAUGUCUCUCAUGGUUACACAAGAACAACAUAAGAAAUGUUGUAAAACUGUGACCUGCAAUACCAAGGAAACUGCUGAGCCCUCUGAACCUGUGGCAUCUACCAGCAACAGUGUUGAUCAUGAUGAUGAAUUGAACAGUCAACUUGCUCCACAGAAGUGUGAAGUUGAGGCUGAGAGAUCAACAGAAGAUCAUGAGCAGAUAAUGGUAGAGCAUAUUACUGAGCAACCUGAGGAGACUAAACUUAGUCAAAUUGUACACGAUAGUGAGGUAAUACCUGGCAGCUACAGCACUGAGGAUAUGGCAGUAGCACUUCCAUUACCUAACAAUAUUGACAUUAAUACUUGUGUCAAAAAUCUGCAGCCCAGAAAUUCCACUAUUCAACAAGCAGUUAAAAGUAGUGAUGGAAACACGAAUGUGAAUCAGGAAAUCUCGGUUAAUGGUGAAAAAUCUACACAGAAAGAUGUGCCGGAUGUGAGCGUCAAAGAUUCAAAUACUGAUCACUUAAUAAAAGAAUCCUCCACCCCGUCCUCAGAGAUACCCCUUGACAAGUGUGCACUGAGAAGUCUGACACGAUAUGGUGAGAGUUCGUUAUCGCAUCAGAUGCAGAAUUCCGAGAGCAGCCAACAGUCAGUAAGCCUUCUUGGAGCUGCUGAUGUCAGUAGUCAAGAGUCGACUAGUCUUCUGGGAGUUAGCGAUGUCGGCGACAACAAAGUAACUCGAGCUUCAAAGAAUGAGUGUUCUUCAAAUGAAAAUGUCAAGGUUGAAGGAAUACCAGCGGAAAAGAAUGAUAGACGAACUCAAGGAAGUCAGAGAUACAGAGAAAAGGGAAUCGUAACCAAGUCAAUUAUAAAGGACGAGUUGGUGGAGCUUGAAAAAGAAAAUCUAAAGAAUACCGGUAACUUUCAGCCAGCUAUCAAUAGGCCAAGAAGGAAACCAUUGCAAUCAGGUCAGCCAGCAUUAGAAAAUAUUAUGUCGCAAGGUACGAAAGAUGCAAAGAUGCUGCCUGAUGAAAAGGAAGAAGUUGUUCUAAUUCAAAAUCAUCUACCACAUGAAAGUCAAAAAACCAUUAUCUCUCAGAGUAAAUCUACUAAUAGUAAACCAUUGUUCUCAGAUUCAUCUAACCGAUCAAACUCAAGUCAAAAAGGCGAUUUCCAGAAAACUGCCAACUUUCCUAUUGGUAACAAAGAUCCAGAAAAUACUGAUUAUGAAACUCCUCUGAAAGAAUCUUUAAUCCCAACUAAACGGAAGUUCAAAAGAAUUCGUAAACCAGCAAAUUCAGACUCCAGUUCUGAGGGAAGUGAUUCAGAAGCAAUCCUCAAUCCACCAAAACGUAAACCUAAAGUUAUAUCAAGCAGCAGUAGUAACCAGUCUUCUGCCGCUCAGAAAACUUGCAUUACAAAAUCUGAAAGUCUAGAACAGCAUCCUUUGGAUUCUGAGGAGAUGAGAGAUUUGGAAAGACUUGACCAAAAUGUUUGGGAGUAUUUUGGAUAUCCUGAUGAAGAUGCAAUAAGUAAGACAGAUGAACAGAAUUCUCAGAUCAGUAAUGAUGAUGGGCAGUCACAGAAAUUACGUGAUAUUGCUGAACAAGAUGAACCUCUGCCAGUAACCUCUUCAAUACCCUCAGAUGAUGAGGAGAUCCCCAGCACAGCUGAGGUUGUGCGGAAUGUUAAUGCAGAUAUGUUAUUAAUCCGAAAAAUGCGUGAGAGAGAGGCUGACGAUUCUGAAGUGAUCAUUGUAACAUCACAGGACUCGACAUUCUCUAGCAGCACAAAAAAUUUAUUUACUAAGGUGGAUAAAUCUCUCUCAAAGGCCGAAGCUCUUUUUGAAACUGACAACAAUAUAUUUGAAGAUCUUUGUACUCCGCUUGAAGAGAAAAGCAGUGGUGGGACAGUAACAACCAAAGACUGCACAAAAUCAAAUCACAGCACAAAAUCACAUCCUAACAAUAAAGCUGAACUUGAUGGGCAAGCUCCAAAUAGCGUAGGAGACUCUGAUCAAGAGACUGAGGAUGACAUGGACAAUAUAAGCCACAGCAGUGCAUAUUCUUCCCAGAGUGAAGCUGUAAGCACACAGAGGCAAAAACAAGUUAAGGAUGAGGUUGAAAUAUUAAAAGCAAGAGUUCGAGAAUUAGAAGCUGUAAUACAAAAGAAGAAAGGUUCUGAAACAGGAAAUGUAUAUCCAAUAGAAGAUGUGCUGCCUCCUACCUGCCCAGCAGUUGAUAGUGGUGACGAGUCCGAGGAACUGUUCUCAAGUCUUCCUGAUCUCACUGCAUCAUCUGAACCCAAAUUACCACCGAGUAAUAAUCAGACAAAAAAUCAAAAAAAAGCAGCAAGAGCUGUACGUAGUGGUAUCGUUGGUCCUCCUCAGCUGGUGUGCACUGGUCUCACCUCUUCAGAAAUGGGGAAAGUCCAAGAUUUAGUGAACAAGCUGGGAGUCCCUGGAUCGUGUGUCAAAAGAUCAUGGGGUGAAGGCAUCACUCAUGUAGUAGUGAAAACUGAACCAGACUGUUUGGCUCAACGAACUCUCAAGUACUUGUUUGGCGUGGCAGCAGGAUGUUGGGUUAUUACACUUCAGUGGGUACUGGAUUCACUUUCCACAAAGAAACUUCUUCCAGAGGAGGACUAUGAGGUACUAGAUUGCACAGGAGCUCCCGGACCACAGAGAGGGCGCACAAACCCCAAACCACUCUUCAGAGAUUGUCAGUUUUAUGUUAAACCUCCGUUGUUUGAAGUUACCACGGAACAGCUCAAGGAACUGAUAGAGCUGUGUGGAGCUCAAGUAGUUGAUUCUCCUGUAAAAUUCAGCAAGAAUAAACAGUGCAUGAAGCUUGUUGUGGUUCAGACAGAAGCCAAUCAUGAUGCUGAUGAAAUGCUGACAAAAUACAAGAAGGUGUGCAUUUCUCAUGAUUGGAUCAUUGAAUGCAUCGGGAUGUAUGCUCAUAUAUGCAUAGCUCCGUACAUCAUGGGCAGUCCUAACCAGAACCAUCUUGCUGCCUCCUGCCUUCCCCCCUCACUCCUUGAGGAAACCCAAGAGCUUUAGUGUUAGUGUUCGACAGUGACCCUAUGACGUACAAGUAGGCCUUCAAAGUUUAUAUGCAAAAAAUUUCCUUGUGUAUUAUUGAUACGUUUGAGAAGAACAAAUUUCAUUAUCAUCGUUAUAUCUGGUUGUGGUGUGAAUGAAUAUGUGGUUUAUGAUAUUAAAACUCUGUAAAGAAAAAGAAAAUAUGUAAAUAUAUGUGUGAGUGGGUGUGUGUGUAUCCAGUAAAUAGCUAGAGGAAAACCUUGGGGGCUUUACAGUAUUGGUUCUAUUAUUUUCAAGGAGUUUUGAUUAAGCAUGAACACAUUCAGUACUACGCUACUUGGCCCACAUUUACCCUGAAAAACUGGACUGUUAGUGCAAAUAGAUAAAGGUUGCCUAAUGUAGCCUGUUCCCUUGGUGAAGUGUGAGGAAUUCAUUCCAAAACAAUCCAUGCGUUGGUAUCCGAGUAAUUCAGAUGUUAUGUUUAAGACCGUAAACCAAGCAACUUCCAACAUUUCUUAAAUUUGUACUUGUGUGGCUGAAUUAAGUAGUAAAGCUUAAUGUAAAACUAUCGAUUGAUGCGAAUGUUUCAUGAUUGUGCUUUACAUUGCCAAAGAAGCUUUAUAAUUCAGGUGUCCCAUUCCCUCCAAGAAGUCAAACUGAGGGGAAUGGCAAUGAUAGAAAAGCCUCCAAGUAGCUCUAUCUAUUCAUACCCUUCUAGCUUGUUUUAUUCAUCUAUUCCUUUGCAGGAUCUAUGCCAUAUUUACUCCUCCACUUUUCCCUUUCCAUGAUGUUGGUUGUACCCAUCACUACAUCUAUAUUUUUUGUUGCUGUACAUUAUCCAUGCAUUCAUAUUACAGUAAUCAUCAUCCACUCAUACUGACAUCAUAAACAUUAUUGUUGACCCAUCGUAUUUCGUCUCGUUUCUGUGAAUUAUUUUGUCAUCUCACAUCUGUGCACCUCCCUCUUGUUUAUUCCUACUUGUUGAUUACUAUAGCAGGAACUUUAUUUUGUAUAUUCCAUUGCCAGAGCUCAGGGUCAGAAUGAGUAUUAUUGUCAUGGAAUCCAUCCUGCUCUAUAGAAGCAUUUUUCCUCUUGUGUUAUCCUUCUCAUGACUCCGGUCAUCCUUCUCUUGUUUACGCUCUCUUGUUUUUUUUUCCUUUUAUAUUUUUACACAGUGCCGGUGCACAUGAUGUGCUUACAUUCCCCUGGCCUCUACUAGGGCUACUUCCUUGCUACUUUAAUGCUCAUGCCUGACAAAAACCAUUACCAUUCUCAAGAGGCAGACCCUAAAUGGGGGGGGGAAGCUGGCCUUUCCCCAAAACUAAAUUCAUGGGUGAACAAUGACCGUAUUCUCACCAGCAUUUAAAUUACGUUCUUAAAGUGCAUAUUAUAUGGAAUUCAUUCACUAAUAUUUGUAUUUAUUAUUUACUUUUCAUUUAUCCUCAGAGACAGCACAUAAAAAAAAUUUAUAUACAAAUUCUGUACCUUUUAAAAAAAACAACUUAUGUGCUCCAAUCCACCUUUUAAUGUCUGCUAUUAUUCCAUCCACUCCUGAAGCUUUCACUUCUUUCCCCCCCCUCACUUGUCUUCCCUUCUGAAUGCCGCUGUAUAGUUCAGAAUUGUCGCACUGUGUCCCGCUCCCAUAAACUGCACUGCCUAUCUCAGAACUUUGUUGUCACAUUAGCUAAAUCAAACAUUACAGGUUUCUAGCACUUCAUCUCCUCCAGGCAUGAGAGAAAGACCCUUGCAGGGCAGAUUGCUGCAUUCCACUUCAAAUGUUUAUACUUGCUCAUUAUUUUAUUAUUACAAUAUCUUCAUCUUUUCAUCGGAAAAUGUACACGUUAGGCUUGAAAACAAUUUGCUGUUGUAAAUAAGUGCUGAAAAUGUUAUUGUGUGCACAUGUGCUCAUUACUGUCGUGUGAGUUUGAUAUUUUGUGGACUUUAUGAAGUACUUUAUAUAAGACAUGUUUGAAGCCUUCCUAUGAACACCUGUGUUGUUAAUGUUAAAGUAUUUGUACACAAGGCAGCUGAUCUUGUACAUAUUGAUCUCUGGCAAGUUAGGGAAUUCCAUUCUCGGAGGAAAAUAAAACAAGGAUUAAACAUUUUGAGAAUAUUUGUUAAAUGUAGCUUUUCUUUGUUAUUAAUUUUGUUUCUAUUGGGAGAUUCACAUAGGGGUAAGAUCAUUGACAAUCCAAGUAUUUCAAUCACCUUUAAGUAAUAAUAGGUAAUUUAGGGAGCACUUGAAAUGCUUCUUGAAGAGUAUUAUAUUCUAAUUUUGCAAUCAUCUCAAGAAGGCAGCUUGCUUGAAAUGAAAAGCAAGAAUGCAUGUUAAAAUGGUGUAGAAUUGUUCUGAUUGGCAUAAAUCAGUAAGGAAGUAAAAGGAAAUAUCAAAGGCUGGAAAAGCAUAUGCAAGGUGAAAGAAAACCAGGUCAAGUUGUACUUAAAAUGACAUUGUAAUAAUUGAUAGUGUAGUAGGUCACAAAAUGAGGUUGCUCUGGUAGUGUAGAAAAUUGGUAUUUGCAAUAUGAAAGAAUAAAUCCUCCUAGCUCCCUCACCCUGUUUAUUCCUCCACAUUCAUGUUUUCAUGGGUACUAAGCCUUCACGUUCAUGUUUUCAUGGGUAUUAAGCUUCCAUAUUCAUGCUUUCCUGGGUGCUAAGCUGCCACAUUCAUGUUAUCAUAGAUAUUAAGCCUCCAUGUUCAUGUUUUCAUGGGUACUAAGCCUCGACAUUCAUGUUUUCGUGGGUACUAAACCUCCACAUUCAUUUUUCAUGGGUACUAAGCACCCACAUUCAUGUUUUCAUGGGUACUAAGCACCCACAUUUAUGUUUUCAUGGGUACUAAGGACCCACAUUCAUGUUUUCAUUGGUACUAAGGACCCACAUUCAUGUUUUCAUGGGUACUAAGCACCCACAUUCAUGUUUUCAUGGGUACUAAGCACCCACAUUCAUGUUUUCAUGGGUACUAAGCACCCACAUUCAUGUUUUCAUGGGUACUAAGCACCCACAUUCAUGUUUUCAUGGGUACUAAGCCUCCACAUUCAUGUUUUCAUGGGUACUAAGCACCCACAUUCAUGUUUUCAUGGGUACUAAGCACCCACAUUCAUGUUUUCAUGGGUACUAAGCACCCACAUUCAUGUUUUCAUGGGUACUAAGCCUCCACGUUCAUGUUUUCAUGAGUACUUAGCCUCCACAUUCAUGGGUACUAAGCCUCCACAUUCAUGUUUUCAUGGGAACUAAGCCUCCAUAUUUGUGUUUUCAUAGGUUUUAAGCCUCCAUGUUCAUGUUUACAUGGGAACUAAGCCUCAAAAUUCAUAUUUCCAUAUUACAAAGCCUCCACAUUCAUGUUUCUAUGGGCAGAGUACUAAACCUACACAUUCAUGUUCACAUGGGUACUACGCUCCUACAUUAGUAUUUCUAUGAAUAAAUAGUGCUGCAAAUACAAGAUUAAACAAGAACAAUUUAUGAAUAUUAUACUGUAAGGUGAAAACUGUCAUGGUACUGUUGAUCUAACACUAACACAAAAUUUAUACGAAACGCCACAGUAUGGUUUUCGUUAAUUAUAUUUGUUCCCUGAACCA